GAUAGAUAGAUAGAUAGAUAGAGUGUGUGUGUGUGUGUGUGUGUGUGUGAGAGAGAGAGAGAGAGAGAGAGAGAGAGGGAGUUCCUGCUUCUUUAAGUUCUGCGCGUUUUUUUAAUGGGAUGGGCCAUUUUCAUAACGUCAUUUCAUUCCUCCCUCUUUUUUCAUUUCUUCUUCUUUGAUUCUUUCUUUCUCCCUCUCCCUCUCUCUCUCUCUCUCUCCCUCCCUCCCGCGUCCUCCUCCCCCGUUUCCUAAAGUGCACGAGCUCGCCCGAGCCUCCACGUUUUCGGAUCUUCUUUAGUCGGCGGUCAAAUCUCGUGCGCGGCUCCUGCGUGCUUUUUCUUUCUUUUUUUCUCUCGCUCUCUCUCUCUCUCUCUCUCUCUCGCUCUCUCUCUCUCUCUCUCUCUCCCUCCCACCGCGAGCUUUCCAAACUUGGGCUGCUUGCACCGGGAGCGCGAGAGAAGUGCGGCGGCGAUGGUGGAAGCGCCGGCGCUGCUGCUGAUGAAGAAGGAGAAGAUGAUGAUGAUGAUGAUUAACUGUGAAAACCUGCUCAUCUGACUGCUGAUCGCUCUUUUCUCCUCUCCGGUUCGCGUCUCUCCGUUUUUUCACCAUGAUGUAUUCUCCUCUGUGUCUGACUCAGGAUGAGUUCCAUCCGUUCAUCGAGGCACUGCUGCCGCACGUCCGCGCCUUCGCCUACACCUGGUUCAACCUUCAGGCGCGCAAACGCAAGUACUUCAAAAAGCAUGAGAAGCGUAUGACCAAAGACGAGGAGCGCGCUGUCAAGGACGAGCUGCUGGGCGAGAAGUCCGAGGUCAAGCAGAAGUGGGCGUCGCGUCUGCUCGCCAAGCUGCGCAAGGACAUCCGACCCGAGUGCCGCGAGGACUUCGUGCUGUCCAUCACAGGCAAGAAAGCGCCGUGCUGCGUGCUCUCCAACCCCGACCAGAAGGGCAAGAUGAGAAGGAUCGACUGCUUGAGGCAGGCUGACAAGGUGUGGAGACUCGACUUGGUCAUGGUGAUCCUGUUCAAGGGGAUUCCUCUGGAAAGCACGGACGGGGAGCGCCUGGUGAAGGGGGCGCAGUGCUCCAACCACAUCCUGUGUGUCCAGCCGCACCACAUCAGCGUCUCUGUCAAGGAGCUGGAUCUCUACCUGGCCUACUUUGUGCAGGAGAGAGACUUGGAAAAUCUGCAGAUACACAAGACAAUACCCAACAAAUAUGAGGCAGCGGAGCAGGGCAGUAGUCCUCGCACAGGUAUCGGCUCAGACCAAGAAGACAGUCGAGCCGCCACAAUGGAUGGGCCCGAGUUUCAGGAGAGCUUUGUCACAUCGGGAGUGUUCAACGUGACCGAACUGGUACAAGUGUCCAGAACGCCGGUGGUGACAGGAACAGGGCCGAACUUCUCUCUCGGGGAGCUGCAGGGACACCUGGCUUACGAUCUGAACCCUCCAGGCGUGACCAUGAGGAGAACCCUACCCAGCACCUCCUCUAGCGGGAGUAAGAGGCAGAAGUCCAGCUCUGUCGAGGGUGACAUCGACACCAGCCCCGGGGGCGAAUACUACACCUCACCCAACUCUCCCGCUAGCAGCUCCCGAAACUGGCAGGACGAGAUGGAAGGAGGUAUCUCCCCGGUGAAGAAGACUGAGAUGGACAGUCCAUCUCCUCAGGAGAGUUCUCCACGCCUUGGCAGCUUCACACAACACCACAGACCUGUCAUCGCAGUGCACAGCGGUUUGUGUUUUCCUGCAGGUAUCUCUCGGAGUCCGCACCCAUCAUCGUCGCUGCAUUUUUCGACGGCCCCCAUCCUGCCCCAGCCCACCUCCACCUACUUUCCCCACACGGCCAUCCGCUACCCACCCCACCUCACCUCACAAGACCCGCUCAAGGACCUGGUCACAAUGGCCUGCGACCCGUCCAAUCAACAGCCCAGCCCGCUGAAUGGCAGUGGUCAGGUGAAGGUUCCCCCCCACUACAUCUCCUCUCAGAUGCUGGCCCCCCCGCCUCCCCCGGCCCUGCCUCGCCUCACGCUGCCCCCUGACUCCAAACCCAGCAGCACCUCGCCAGACGCAGCCGCCACCUCGCCCACCUCCCCCACAUACUCUGCUCCCGGGACACCACCUGCCAACCGCUCCUUCGUAGGAAUUGGCCCUCGAGACCCUGCGAGUCUGUAUCAGGCUCAGUCCUGGUAUCUGGGGAACUGAUUUGGACUCGGCGGAUACACCAAAGCGGCCGUGGACACGGAUUUGAGAUUCAAAAAAAAAAAAUUUUUUUUUUGUGGAAUUACGAAAAACAAGAACAAGAUGCAAGAGGGAAAAAUUUGAUUAUAUAUGCAGUAUUUGUAUAUAUACAGCAUAUGUGUGUACGUAUCGACACAUAUGUGCACACAUAUAUACGCGUAAAGCUAUAUAAAAUGCUUCAGUAAACUUUUUUUUGAAAGACAGUGAAGAAUCGAAUGUCGGAGGAGCUCGAAUAGACUGUGGAUGCAUGAAAAGAGAAGAGAGGAUGUAGUUUGGAGGGGCGGCCACACUGAACUGCAGGCCAGAGACUGAAGCGUGCAGGAAAAAUAUUGGAAAAAAAAAAAAAAAAACACGCCCACUUUGCUUCCCCCUGGCUCUUGGAAACGAACGGCCCUCCUCACCCUCCCUCUGCUACAGGUGCUGCUUCCUCAUAUAUGCAAAAUACGUAUGUUUUAUUUCCAGGGAAAGGAAGCCCUGAUGACGGACGGGGGUUUUAGCGCUUUAGGACUUUCCCACGCGUUCAAAGCUGAUUGUGUCCCUCUUAUUUUUCCUUUUUUUUUCAUUUUAAACAAAUUUGAAUGUGGGCAGAGGUUUCGGGGCAAUAUGAAGGGUCGAUGACUUCCCCUUAAUUUCCCUUCACCUAACAUUCGGCCCAAAAUGGCCGCUUUUCAUUCAGUUUUAUUGACAAUCAUGUUUAUGAUUUUUUUUUUAAUGCAUCACAUCUGACAUUUGUAUCGGAGAUCCACUUUUUGGUGGGUGCCUGAAUUUUUUUUUUUCAAACUUUGAUGACAUGUGGUACGUCUGUGUGAUAGGUCACCUUACGCUCACAAACACACACACAUAAACAUACACACACACACAUAUUGACACGCCCUUACAAACAGUCUUCAGAAAUGGCAUGUACUGUUAAUACACUAAGCGUAGGGCGAUUUGAAGCCUUCGGAUGAUUUCGGAGUGACGGAGCACCUUUUUGUCUUUUCUGUGUCACACUGAAAAUCGUUUCUCGUGUGUGUUUGUGUGUGUGUUUGUGUGUGUGUUUGUGUGUGUGGGGUCCAUGUACAUUGUGUUCUUGCAUUUUUUUUGUUUCAAAAUGAAAAUGGGAAAACAACAAAACAAAUAUUUAUUUUAUUUAUUUUUUUGGCACACACUAAAAUAGGAAAUUCAUGAAUUUUUUCUUAAAAUUCUUUGUAAAAAUUUGAUAGUUUUUACUUGUUGACCUGGAAGUAUCUACUUCUGUUUUCAAAAAAGAUCUGAUAAAAAAAAGGGAUCAGUGUGGAAUUAAAUUUAGAUGAUUGAAAUAUUCUUAAAUUGCAGCACUUAGAGAAUCUUAGAGAUUUUUUUCCACCACUAUGUUGUCCUUUUUUUUUUUUUUACCGCUGUCCACUUCCUAUUUUUAAAAAGCACUAACGGCGAUCUUUAAUUGCUAAUUUAUC